CAAUCGAGUUGCACCGGGUCCAUUUCCGAAAAUUAGUUCCGGAACACAACGGUCGAGUCACGAGUGUUGGGCGAAUUUCAUAAACCACUAAACAAAUGGGUUUCGAAUUUUAAACGCAUUGAAUGCCUCCAGUGACAGGUUUGACGAGGACACUUAGUCAGGCGAAUCCAGCGUCUGGACAAAGCAGGGUCUGCGUCGGGACGUGUGGACAAGGUGUCCCAUUAGAGCACACGUCCCUUUGCGCAUUUCUUCUGCAUUUCGUCAAGAGGCCACACCGCCAGUUGCGGUGCGGGAACCGUAACUACACUAAAUAUGCGGUUGGGUACAAUGACAAACUUGUCCUCACAGCGUAAAGGGGCGGAGAAAUCAGGCAUGGGAGACCGAAUCAGGGAGACGAUGGUAAUUGAGCAGAAAAAAAGGCGGAAAAGGGUAUCGGAAAAGAGAAAGCAAGGGGGGACCCAGGAGGAACUGCGGCCCUGUGCCGACUGGGAGGAAACGGCUGAGAUCAGCAGCGAAUCCAGAUCUUUGCUGCCCUCAGAAGCUUCCUUUGCCUCCCCAGUUAUUGCACUGAAGGCAUCAUGCCAUGAAUUUAAUAACAAUUGAACGACGGAAAGAGAGAUUAACCGGUGACUAUUCGGAUGAGAGCAGGGGACCUGCGUGCGAGACAGAGAGAUGAACCAGUGGGCGGUGUUUUGAUCGUAAACCAAAUCUGCCAUGAAAACCCAUUCUCUGCUUCUCGCUCUUUCAAAAGCGUCUGCCUUGAUUUUCCAUUGAUCCUGCCGCACUGGCUUUAGACCUUAGCCUACCAUUGGGAGAGAGAGAGAGUUAGAGGGGGAGAGACAGGGGGAGCCAUGGAACCUCCUUUCAAGUUCUUCUUCCUUCUGGUGCUGACCGUCAGCAUUGCUCUUUCUGCUUUCUCUACCGUCGGCAUGGAGAAUGCCGGAGACAACCCGUCCAGAAGGAUCCUCCACCAACCACUAUUCCCCAUGGACCCCCCUGCUCCUCCUGCACAGCCAUUCCCUACGACUCCCGUCACCCCGUCUCAGGAUUCACCAUUCUUCCCCACGACGCCCCCCGGGCCACCAUCAAACCCGACUCAGACACCCUCCAUCUCAGUCCCUUCAAACGUCUCUGAACAGGGCAGGGUGCAAAGCCGAUCAGUAAAGCCUGCUGGGAAGAUCUUCAUAGCGGCAUCAGUCUCGAUUGUUGCUGUGAUUUUCGUCCUUGCGUUGGCUUGCUUCUUCUACUAUCGCAGAGCGCAGAAUUCCGCUGAAUCGGAGAAAUUAGUCGGACGACAGGACGCGGUCAGGCACGAAACACCCAGCGAGCCCGUCCGGGAUCCGCCACCGGAAACGUCAGCUGCAUCACACUUUCUGUACAUUGGGACGGUUGAGCCUUCUCGGGGUAAAAGUGGGGAGAUGAAGAGCUCCCCAUACCAUAGGUUGAGAGAGAGCCAGACCAGGCUAGACUUGCAUCAGCCGAGCCCGGAGCUCCAGCCACUUCCUCCGCUCGCAGGACCGCACCACCGGAGUAGUCCUUCUACAACGCUGCUGCGACUGCACCAGUCGAGCCCGGACCUUCAGCCACUGCCUCCGCUCUCAGGACCGCAGCAGCAGAGUCCACAGGCGAAUAAAUUGUCGGAAAGGCAAGGUGACCGAAGUCCUCCGUCCACGAUGUCAUCGGAUGAGGGAGAGUCCUAUCACACCGCCAAGAACUCGGCCGGCAAUUAUCUUAGCCCCCACAGGCGGUCUCUGCAGCAGAAUUUUAGUCAUUAUGCCACCACCAAUACCAGCAGCACCACCAGGAGCAGCACAAGCACAAAUAGCAGCACUAACAGCAGCACCAGCAGUGAGGGAGGCAUGGAGCAUACUUACGCCGUCUCCUGUAGAGCUUCAGCAGCACGGCGCAGCCCUGCCGAAAGCCCGAAUAGUCAGGCCAGGUUAAUAACUGCAGAAUCACCACCAUUGCAGCCAAUGAGUGUUCCACUGCAGUCAGCAUCUUCUGAUGCUAGGGCGCCAUCUCCACCCAGGAGGAAACCCAAUCAUUCAUCAUCCUCUUCUGCAGUAGCAAGUCUUCCGUUUCCUCCUCCAACGCAAAGAGUAGCUCAAAAAUUUCAACAACCAAAAGCUGCAGCAGCAGUAGCAGCACCGCCUCCUCCUCCUCCACCACCACCACCCCCUCCACCUCCCCCAACAUCACGGCCGUCACCACUCCUGCGGCCACCACCACCAUCAUCAGUACCUAUGCAGCUAAAGCACCCAAUAUUAAACAAGAAUAUGCUGCCCAAGCCUUGUCCUCCACCCAUGGCCGCUGGUGUACAGGAUACAGCAAAACCUCCGGGAAGCAAAAAAUCACAGGAUGGCGUUACUAAGCCUGUAAGCACAGCGCCUGAUGUAAAUGCCAGCACGGAAUCUAUGGAUUCAUCAGCAAAUAAUUUCACUGAAGCAGAAAAUGACACCCUCAGACCCAGAUUGAAGCCUCUGCACUGGGACAAAGUUCGAGCCAGUUCAGACCGUGCCAUGGUCUGGGACAGACUGAAAUCAAGCUCUUUCAAACUGGAUGAGAACAUGAUUGAGGCUUUGUUUGUCUGCAACCCUGCAAAUGUUGCUCCACAGGAAGCUGUCAAAAAACCUAUCACUCCUGCUGUUCCUCAGGAGAACAGGGUGCUUGAUUCCAAAAAAUCCCAAAACAUAGCUAUCCUUCUCAGAGCACUGAAUGUGACAAGAGAAGAGGUGUGCGAAGCACUUUUGGAAGGGAAUCCUGAAGGCUUAGGUUCAGAACUUUUGGAGACUAUAGUGAAGAUGGCACCAACCAAAGAAGAAGAGCUUAAACUCAAGGAAUACAGUGGAGACACGUCAAAACUUGGGCCUGCAGAAAGGUUCCUGAAGGCCAUACUAGAUAUUCCCUUUGCUUUCAAAAGGAUUGAUGCACUGCUAUAUAGAAUCAAUUUUGAAGCAGAAGUAAAAUAUCUCAGAAAGUCUUUUGAAACUUUGGAGGCAGCCUGUGAAGAACUGAGAAGCAGCCGGCUAUUCCUCAGAUUGCUUGAAGCUGUACUCAAGGCUGGAAAUAGGAUGAAUGUUGGGACAAACCGAGGUGAUGCUGAAGCGUUUAAGCUUGAUACACUUCUGAAGCUAGUAGAUAUCAAAGGAACAGAUGGGAAAACAACACUCCUCCACUUUGUCGUUCAAGAAAUUAUCAGGUCUGGAGGUCAAGGAAUUUGCAGUGACAAGGAAGAGCAGCACCCUGACUUCAAAUGUGAAAGUGAAACAAAAAGUAUGCACCCUAAGACCAUAGAGGACAAUUUCAGGAGACAAGGUUUGCAGGUUGUCUCUGGACUAGCCAAUGAACUUUGCAAUGUGAAGAAGGCAGCAGGAAUGGAUUCAGAUGUCCUAAGCAGCUACGUCUCCAAGCUCGCACAAGGGCUGGGAAAAAUAAAUUUGGUCUUGCAGCUGGAAGAUGCACAGAGAAGCAAAGGAAGUGACAAUGGGAAAUUCUCCAAAUCAAUGAAGCAGUUCCUUAGUACAGCUGAAGCAGAAAUACUUCGGGUGAAGGCUGAGGAAAGUGUGGCACUAUCCUUAGUUAAAGAGAUAACAGAGUACUUCCACGGUGAUGCAGCAAAGGAGGAAGCCCAUCCUUUCAGAAUAUUUAUGGUUGUGAGGGAUUUCCUGUCAAUCUUGGAUCAUGUUUGCAAAGAAGUAGGGAGGAUGCAGGAAAGAACAAUAAUGGGUUCAACUCGAUCAUUUCGGAUAUCUGUGAAUACUUCCUUACCAUCUUUCCCAAGAUAUCAAAGACGGCAGGGAAGUUCAGACGAUGAAAGUUUGUCGCCAUAGUAACUAACUACUAGUGUUUCUUCUAAGUUGCUAACUCAAAUCAGGAUAAAUGGUUCAAAUUGGAAGAAAGGAAAAAUCGAUGCAAUGGGCGUUCAGACUGCCCUGAUGUCACACUUAUAAAGUUUGUGGUUAUAUUCUCUAUGUAGAAUCUGAAGAGGACUUCUGUCAAUAACUUAUACAAUAUAAUCUGAACAGAAGAUUUCAAAGAUGCAUUCACAUACAAGAAACACUGGUAUGCUGUUUUAUUGAGAUGCGCAUAGCAUGAGCCUUGCACCCUUCGAAAAGCAGGACAGUGAAAGAUUACCGCUGUAAGUAAAACUAGUUCUUUGGCCAAGGUAAGGCUUGUUUACUCCUUCAAAAGAAAUAACUGCAUUCUGGCGUUGCCGGGUA